UGAUAUGAUAUUUGUGUUUUGGCGGAGGGGAGGCGUGACAGUGGCAGCGGUGAAAGAUUGAGAGAGGAAGAAGAAGAAUUAGGGUUAGGGUUGAGGUUGUGAAGAGAAGAUGCAAGGCGGUGACGAAGUGAGUAUAGAAGAGUUGGCCUCGAAUCUUUCUCUCUACAAAGAUCAACUCCACCAGGUCAGACAGCUCCUGAAUGAUGAACCUUCGAAUUCAGAAUACGUUGACAUGGAGAGGGAACUUUCCGAGGUCAUUGCUUUGACGGAGGAACUCCUUGCAACUGCAAAGCAAAAUGAAAUGUCUGGUUCAACGGCUGCUCCUAAUGCUGGUACAUCUCCAAGUUUGUCGAUACAUAAGGAGAAUCAAAUGCUGGAUAGCUCUGAUCUUCAAGAGAAAUUUCUUAUUGGCACAAAAGUUCAGGCAGUUUGGAGUGAAGAUGGGGAGUGGUAUGAUGCUACAGUUGAGGCUUAUACACCAAAUGGUUAUUAUGUAUCCUAUGACAAUUGGGGUAAUAAAGAAGAGGUCGAUCCUGCAAAUAUAAGGCCAAUUCAAGAAGGUUCUGUAGAUGCUUUGUUAGAAGCUGAGCGAGUUGCGGAAGCUACAAAACAGGCUAUCAAACGGAAAAUUGCACAAGCUGCAUCAAUUGAUUUACAGUCUCGCAGUCUACCUGCCAAACUUCGUAUAGAGGCUGAUGAUCCUGAGGAUGUGAAAGCUUCGAAACGUAAGAAAAUACAUGCCUUUAAGUCAAAGAUGCGGAUGGAGCAACUUGAAGUCACACAAAAUAAGCGGCAAAAUGCUUGGCAGCAAUUCCAGUCAACCAAAGGAAAGGCGAAGAAGAUUGGUUUCUUCUCUGGAAGAAAACGAGAGAGUAUUUUUAAAUCUCCUGAUGAUCCUCAGGGAAAGGUUGGUGUGACAGGAAGUGGGAAAGGUUUGACAGAGUUCCAGAAGAGAGAAAAACAUUUUCACCUCAAAGAUGGUACAACUGAAAAUGAUGAUUAGGUUUAUAUCAUACUUUCAACUAUUAGCCUUUCAAGUGUAUGUAUAACAAUGCUCAAACAAACCAUUCACUGUCACUUAUGGCAAUGUUAUCUUGUGAAAUGUGUUGAGACGGUUCUAGGUUAUGGUAUUAGCCUUUA